CCCUUCUUCCCUCCCCGAGCAGGUUUAGGAGACAGAGGAACUCUUGAGGGCUUGUCCAGAGCCCUCCGGAGAGGGAUACUCUGAGUUCUGGAAAGUCAGCCCGAGAGGAGAAGCGACUUCCACCAUCUGCUCAGGCUGUGAUCAGCACUAAGUCCCUGUGCUCUCUGGACCUUGGUACAGGGGGAUGUUUGGGAGUCAGAGGGAUUAUGAUGAUCCUAAAAUGGGAAAGGUGGAAUGAGGAAGAGCCCUGGGGUGAACAGGGCAGAGGCUCUGGAUCCCAAUGUAGAGGCUCCUCAGGUGCCAUCCCAUCAGCCAGAGCCCUCAUUCCUCUGGAGAAAGCUGUCUGGGGCCACUACUGUCUGAGGCAGGGAGCCAGGCAGGAGAGCUGUGCUCUGAGCUCCGAGGGCAGGGAGAGAGACUCCCUGAAUAAUUACAGGCCCUUGGUUCACCUUCCUGCUCCGGGCAGUGUAACUGAGACCCUGCUCCCACUGGGCACACUCACCCAGGCACAGUUUGCCAGGUGUGCCUACGUCAUCAUCAUCAUGGCCAUUUACUGGUGCACAGAUGUCAUCCCGGUGGCUGUGACCUCCCUCUUGCCCGUUUUGCUUUUUCCGCUCUUGCAGAUACUGGACUCCAAAGAGGUGUGUGUGCAGUACAUGAAGGACACCAACAUGCUCUUCCUGGGCAGCCUCAUCGUGGCAGUGGCUGUGGAGCGCUGGAACCUGCACAAGAGGAUUGCACUGCGCACGCUGCUCUGGGUGGGGGCCAAGCCCGCACGGCUGAUGCUGGGCUUCAUGGUGGUCACAGCCUUCCUGUCCAUGUGGAUCAGCAACACAGCCACCACAGCCAUGAUGGUGCCCAUCGUAGAGGCUGUGCUGCAACAGAUGGAAGCCACGAGCGUAGCCUCUGAGGCCAGCCUGGGUGCCUUAGAGCUGGUGGACAAGGGCAAGGCUGGACAGCUGCCAGAGAACCAAGUGACUUUUGAAGACCCUGCCAUGGAGAAGCAGGAAGACCGGAACCGGAAGAACAUGUGCAAAGCUAUGAAUCUGUGUGUGUGCUAUGCUGCCAGCAUUGGGGGCACAGCCACCGUGACUGGGACAGGACCCAACGUGGUGCUGCUGGGCCAGAUGAAUGAGCUGUUCCCUGACAGCAAAGAUCUGGUCAACUUCGUGUCCUGGUUCGGCUUUGCCUUCCCCAACAUGCUGCUGAUGCUGAUGCUCUCCUGGCUGUGGCUCCAGUGCACUUAUAUGAGAUCCAGUUUUAAGAAAUCCUGCAGUUGUGGGAUACAGAGCAGAAAUAAGGAAAAGGCUGCCUAUGAUGUGCUACAAGAGGAGUACAGGAAGCUGGGACCCUUGUCCUUUGCUGAGGUCAAUGUCCUGGUCUGCUUCCUUCUGUUGAUCGGCCUGUGGUUCUCCCGUGAUCCUGGUUUCAUGCCAGGCUGGGUGUCCAUUGCCUGGACAGAGGAUAAGAAAACGUAUGCUACUGAUGCCACUGUGGCCAUCUUUGUGGCCAUCUUGCUAUUCAUUGUACCUUCACAGAAGCCCAAGUUCAACUUUUGCAGCCAGACUGAGGAAGAAAUGAAAACUCCAUUUUACCCCCCAGCGCUGCUGGAUUGGAAGGUGACCCAGGAAAAAGUGCCCUGGGGUAUCGUGCUGCUACUAGGGGGCGGAUUUGCCCUGGCUAAAGGAUGUGAGGCCUCAGGGCUGUCAGAGUGGAUGGGGAAGCAGAUGGAGCCCUUGAGUGGUGUGUCCCCUGCAGCGAUUUCCCUGAUCUUAUCCUUGCUUAUUGCUGUGACCACUGAAUGCACAAGCAACGUGGCCACCACCACCCUCUUCUUGCCCAUUUUUGCCUCCAUGUCUCGUUCCAUCGGCCUCAAUCCGUUGUACGUCAUGCUCCCCUGUACCCUGAGUGCAUCCUUUGCCUUCAUGUUGCCUGUGGCCACCCCGCCUAAUGCCAUCGUGUUUGCCUACGGACACCUCAAAGUUUCUGACAUGGCGAAAACAGGACUAAUGAUGAAUGUAAUUGGAGUCUUGUGUGUGUUUUUGUCUGUCAACACUUGGGGACGGGCCAUAUUUGACUUGGAUCAUUUCCCUGACUGGGCUAACGUGACACAUAUUAAGACUUAGGAAGAGUCACAAGACCAUGCACACGGCCUGCACCCUCCUGAAGACCACAGACUUUCCAACAUGCCUUGCACAGUGUGUGGGGCUCGCACUCCAGGGUGACUCAUUCUUGCCCACACCCCACCAAGACUCAGCCAAUGGGUCACCUCUUCCUUCAGGGCUAGAGUCAGUGAUGGUGAUGGGCCGGCUCAGAGCUGAAGAGAUCCUCUCCAGAGACACAGGGUCCAUUUUCCUGGGGACUGGCAGGCAGGGGAGGAACCAGGACCCAGGCUCUUGUACCCUGAGGGCAGGCCCCAUGCUGGUCCGUGCUGGGCUCUGGUUCCCACCUGCUUAGUCCCAGGUAGUUCACAUGGGGGCGGGGGGCUGUAGUCUCAGCCAUCAUGGGGGCUGGGAAAAUGACUUGGCAGUGCCUGUAUCUCUGGCUGCCUCAGAUCUGUCACUCUGAAGGGGGCCACUCAACCAGGACAAGACAUCUGAUCUCAGGCAACCCUCUACCACUCAAGUGACGGCAAUUCUGGAGACUCUCAGAUCCUGGAUGGCACCACCACCAAAGGAUGAGCCAUUUGCACUGCCAACUUCAGGACACCUGCCCCCCUUCCACAUCUCACUCCUGGCUGCCUCGCUUUUCCCCUUUUAACUAACAAUUCGGGCCCUUUCCGAACUCUCCAGUGAGCCUUCUUCAACUCCUGGGUCCCUUUGUGGCCUGGGCCAGCAGCUGCUGAAACCCCAAGGGUCCCCUCUUUGCUCCCAGGCAGGUCAGUUUGACUCUUUGGGGAAAUGCUUUUCCCACCCAGGCCCGCAUAGCGGGGAUCGCACUCUGAAUAUGGACACUGUAGUCCUUUAGUGGUCACAGUGGAGUGGAUAGGUCCUCCCUUCCUUGCAGGUGCAGAGUGGAUAUGCAGUAUUAAUUUCCAGUAGCUGGGCUACCUCAGAGUCCAGCUGGAGUUUGAGGUCUGCUAGGAAAUCUCCCACUCCGUGUUGACUGGCCACCAUAGCUAACCCUAGCAGCAGUAGAGCGACACUGAGGAUGUGCAGUGCUUGGUUCCUAAGGGACACCGCCUACCUGGUGGCUGAAUCCACUUGAGUUCACAGCUAAUUACUGCAGAGUGAUCAUGGAAACUCUGGACUCCCAUGAGAACAAGAGACAGGAAAGGCAAUCACCCUCUUAUUCCUCAAUGUCAUUCUCUCUCUGUCUCUGUCUCUGUCUGUAUCUCUCUUUCUCUCUUUCCUCCUUAUAUUGCCCUAGGAGACAGUUGGCAGCAGAGAGAUGAGGUCCACAGAAAGCUUUUUCAGGGCAGGGGAAAGUGUGGGGACCUAAGGAAAGCCCAUCAAAGACCAAAUGUGUAUCUAAUUCCUUGGGAGGGAUGAUUCCUGACCAUACUGUUGAAGUCUGGCCCUCAUUACGCUCUGCCUCCCAUGGAAAUUUCCAGUGGGCUGACUUGUCUCUGGUUUUCUGCUAGGGAUGAGCGGCAAGGGGGUGAAUGAAAGAACAGUUACUCUCAGUCCACCUUCUGGGUGUCAGGCCUUCUGUGCCUGGAGAAUCCACUCAUCUAACUAGGUCUUUGCAGCAGCCCCCUGAGACAGGAAGUUGCUAUCUUCAGUAGUAAUUGAAGAAAACCAAGGUUCAGAAUGGCCAAGGGAUGUGUCCUAAGUUACACAUCAAGUUACCAACAGUUAUAGUUCCAACAAAAAUUGGCCUGGCACCUUGCCCCCUGCUCCUUCUUCUAACCAUCAGGAGCUUUGGCUUUGUGAUGUUUGUAGGGAAAGAUGACUGGUCCAAGGGCCUGCUCACUUUCUGUUGUCUCCUUUGAGAUGUGUUCAGGGCAGUGCUGAAUUAGAUUGAGCUGGUCUUUGCCCUAAGACAAAAGCAUAAAGAUGAGGCUUGAAUUCCCUCUGGAUAAGCAGCCAGCACUCUGGCUGGCCCUCAGGAGGCCAUGGUGAGUGUAACCGCUAAUUGACAGACUUAUGUGGUCAGAGGCACACACCUGAUGGUCAUGGGUAAGGGGAGGAAGAUCAUCCCAAGUGGGCAUUGAAAGGAGUAGAAUAACCAGGUGUGGAGGGAGGGUUGGCAGGGUGGACAAAGGACUCUACCAGAUACCAGCUGGUAGAGGGCUUGUGUGGCUGGUGGAAGUCUCAGGAAGGCAGAGUCCAUGCUGAUGAGGUGGAGCCAAGGCUGUUUCUAAGCAACACCUCCUGUAUGCUGGACUUAUACUCACCUUUAUGGCCUGUGGUAAUGAGAAGUGAUUUUGACUGCAAAUAAGAGAAAAUACAACACGCGGUGGCUUAAACCAUAGGGUUGCUUAGUGUUUACGUAACGUAAGUCUGGAGUACAUUUUCCAGCAGUUCAUUUAAGUCGUCAAAGACUUGGGCUGUAACCACCGUCUUCUUCAGAGGGUCACACUUUCACCCUCAAGCUAUAUUCUAAGCCUAUACACACAUCUGUCUUCAAGGCAGGAAAAAAGGGGCUCAGGGUGGGGCCUGACUGCCAAAGUGUAUCUUCCUCUUUCAUUAGAAAAAUACGGCCUUCCUCAGAAGCCCAUGCAGACUCCUCUCUGUCUUACUGGCAAAUCACAUGCCCACCUUUUGAAUAAUCAUUGACAAGGAGAGAUGGAAUUCCAUGAGAUGAAUUAAGACUCAUUUCCUGGAGUUAAGGAACUGAUUAUGUUUUCUGAAAUCAAGGGGUCUCUACCCACUAAAAAAUACAGGUUCUGAUACCGGUGUGGUGGGGUAAGUGUUUGGUGUAAUUACUGUGAGCCACUCCAAUGGCUCCCUUCCCACAGAAUUCAGGAGGGACAUGUUGCUGAGUAGCAAGAGAACACAUAUGUCUCUGAUCAAGAGUUUCAGCAGUGCCUGCACCCCAAAAGGCCAGGCCCCCUCUGAGUGGUAGACCAAGCUCACUCCUAACAUCUGAUACCCAAUAAGACAUUCACUUCUCUGGGUUUGAGUCCAUCACCAAGAGGCUAGAGUAAAGGGUCUCUGAGGGCCUUUCCCAGAUCACCCCCUCCCAGUUAACCUCUGGUUCUAGGUACAUGUUUUGCCUCUAACAUUUUCUAACAAGGAUCCAACCUUGGACCUCAAGCUCUCCCUUCUUAGUGUCUGAAACAAACAUUAGGACCUAAGGUUGGCUGCACCAUGAUGGUUCUGGCCAGGACUGCUCUCUUCUAACAUUUUUCUCAGGGAUUUAUGACUAUAAAGAUUCUUUCAAAGGCCCAGCCCCAGACUCCUGACCAUCUGAUUCCUAAAUGAGGAGCUCCCGAGGGCAAGCUGUCUUUCUUGGGGAAGCACCUUGGCCUCAGCUCUGGCAGGGUUAGAGGAUGGAGGCAUCUGUCUGGUAAAGGUGGUGUCUGUUCUCCUUUAACACCUCUUGCACACUACCCUGCACGCUAUUGCUCUGGGCUCCAAACAGGACAUUAACCCACUCCCAGAGGCCAGUCCUCCACAUGGUGAGACCCUUGACAGCAUAGCCGUAAUUUGUAAAAGUAAAGACCAAUCCUGAAUUAUUUGGCUAAAAACCACUCUUCAUCGUCCCAUUCUUAGUGUAGAACCCAUCUUCCCAGGCGGUCUUCACCUCGUCCUAAAAGCUUCAUCUCCCAGCCUGCCAGGGAAACUUAAUAUCUUCACAUUAAAAAAUAGUUUCACCCAGGUGAGUUUUGUACUUUGUGAGCUAACCUUCUGCAUCAGAAAACCAGAAGCUUGUCAUUCCAGGUUGAAAUCUUUGCAUCGGAGUUUUAGUUUAUUUAACUUUUAGCCUGAGCCAGGACUUAGGAACUCACUUCCUUGCCCCAGUGACAUCUUUCACACGCUUUCCUGAUGUGCUGCCCAUGUGUACACUUUUACUACACAGCCAUGGCCUCCCCCUGCUGGCAGUGUACCCGAUUCCAGCUCCCAAGGGUAGAAAAAUAUUGAAAUUCAAUCUCAGAACAUGUUUUUAUCCAAUCAAAGAUUUUAAGCUAUGUUUAAUAAAAAUUUAGUGUGAACCUAAUACCAGAAAUUCCAACAGUUAAAAAAAAUGUAUUGAGACAUAUCUCUUCCACUUCAGACUUUGAGUUCCCAUGUCCCUUCCAGAAAGGCAGCCAAGACCAAUGGUCUCCUACGUAUCCUCCCAUAACAGCACAUAUAUGAAGAUUAGGUAAAGGCAUGUGUUCCCAAUGUUACAUAGGGAGCAUACUCUAUGUGUAUCGUCUUAGCUUCUGUCCCUCUAACCUGAAUUUUAGUAUUCAUGUAGAGAUCAUUCCAUUUCAGGACACUAAGCUGGGCUAGCAUCUUUGUCAUUCAAUAGUUAAUUUUGUCUUUAAAUUUGGAGAAAAUUAAGUUCAGCAAAUAGCACAGAUCCUAAGUGUACAAUCCAUAAUUUUGACAAACACAUGUACCAUGUAACUAAUACCCCAAUUUUAUCACUCUGUCCCAGAAUUCUUCCUGCCCCUUCCAGUAAUGUUUCUCUUCUGGGAAAGCAGGGUUAAAUUUCUGGUAAUGUUUCUCUUCUGAGCAAGCAACGUUUGAUUUUUGUUGAUAGACUGGUUUUGUCAAUAGAAGCUCAUAGAUACAUAGAAACAUACAAUACAUGCCUUGGUAUGUCUGAUUUUGCUUACCAAAACACUUCUGAAGUUUGUUCCUGUUGCUGCAUAUAGCUGGUCAUUCCUUUUACUGUUGUUGCUAAGUAGUAUUCCAUUGUAUGAAUAUAGCACAAUUUGUCUUUUGGUGGAUCUUGGGCCAUUGUGGUUAGGGGGCAUUAUAAAUAAAGCUGUUCUACACAUCUCUGUACAAGUCUUUUUGUGGGCAAAUGUUUUCCUCUUGGGUGUGCACUAAGAGCAAGCCUCAGCUUUCUAAAGUUGUAUAGGAUUCCUCUGUAGUAUGUACUGUACAGCAAACAAGUCCCUUGUUGAUGGCAUUUGGGUUGCUUCUGGUGUGUUGCUGAUGCUGUCAUAAACAAAUCUGUGUAUGUAUCUUUGUGUACCUACAUGUGAAUAAUUCCUUCCUAGAAUAACAUGCUGGGUCAAGAAAUGCAUAUUUAAUGCUGAGGCAGAUGUUGUCACAUUCCUUCCUGAGGUGCUGAGCUAAGGAGCUGGGGAAGAGCCCUGCUCUUAUGUAACCUUAGCCACUCUGUGCUAAGUCAGCCUUUGCUCAUCCGAAGCCGUCUCAUGACUUUUAUUUGUAAUUCUUUGUCUUAUUUCCCUGGUGCUGCUGAGACCUCAUGUAUGCUAAGUAUGUGCCUUGUCACUGAGCUACACUUUGAGCCAUGUAUGUUUGUAAAUUGUAAUGCCAAAUAUUUCCCAAAUGUUUAUCAUCCACGUGUUUAUCUUUUUUGGUGGCAUCUCUGUCUUUUGCCCAUUUUCCCAGGAAGUUUAAAAAAAAAAUACCUUCUCACAUUCAUUGGAAAGGACUCUUUAUAUGUUAAAUUAGUCAUUUGUCAGGAAUUUUUAUAUGUUAAUGUCUUCCAGGCUUUAUUCCUCUUUCUCAUUUUCCCCCUAGCAGAUUUCACAUAUUUUUCAUAACAAUUCCUGAAUCAGCUUCUCCAGUGUCAGAAAACUGGCUCUCUGGUUGGCGUUUACCUCUGGCCACCUCUUCUGUCCCUUUCCCUCUCACUCACCCUGGGGUUUCUUGACCUCUGCUUUCUGACAUCUUAGACUGAAUCACUCUUCAUUGUUUGGGGCUGUUCUGUGCCCUGUGGGGUACUGAGCAGCAUCAGGGCUUCUAUUCACAACCUCCCAGUAGUGGCUCUCUCCCCACAUCUGGCUGAGACACUGAAAAAUGUCUCUAGUCAUUGCCAAACGUCUCCUGGGGGGCAGAAUCAGCCAUAGUGAGCACCACUGGCCCCUGUGCCCCAGCUGUCUGAAGUACGGAGUCCACACCUGGCCCUCCUGUGCCCUAAAUCUUUGCUUGAAUAUCUCUCAGCCCACUUUAAAUUACAACUCCCCCCCACAGCCUCCAUGCCUGACUUUUCCCUAUUGCAAUUUUCAUCUUCCAGCAUACUGUAUAAUUAACUUCUUCAAUGCCUUGUCUGUCUCUUCUCUGUCUGUAAAAUUGCAAGCCCCAUACGCAAAACGGUUUUGGUAUGUCAGUUUUGAUCAACCUUGGAUCCCUUGUAUCUCUAACACAUCUGGUGCACAAAGGGUAUCCAGUAAAUACUGGAUGAAUGGAUGCCUCAGGAUGGGUUAUUACAUUAAAUUAGGUGAAAAACAAUAACCUUACAAUGUCAUGUCCUAUGCAAGAAAACUGUUUGUUCUCAUAUUAAACUUUUGUUUUCCUCCUCUGA